AUGGGCGUUGCUGAUCUAAUUAAAAAGUUCGAAAGCAUUGGAAAAGAAGAAAAAUCCGAGAAGGCUGUGGAGAACGAGAGUGAUGUCGUACCAAUGACUUCGAAGGAAACUGAAUUAUCCUCAAAAAGAAGCGAAGACGAGGAAGAAAGUCUAGAAGAAAGGAAUACCGCAGAUGAAGAAAGUGUAAAAGAGGAGACUGCAAAUGAAGAUAGUGAAAGGCAGAUUUCCGUCACAGAGGAGGCAGAGAGCGGUGCAACACAGGUCGAAGUCAACAUCGAAAAUGAUUUAAAACCAACGAACGCUACCCAGGAUGAAGGCGAAACACCAUCAAAGGAUGUCUUUGAGCAGGAAACUACUGAAAUUAACUCCAUCGCGAAAAAUGACGAAAAAACUGGGUCCGCGGUUGUUGAAGAUGAGGUAUCGAGCUCGAAUGAUUUAAAAGGUCAGAAUGUCUCACCUGAGGAAGCAGAGAAUGAAGUAUCUCCUGAAACAGAGCAAGAAGGCUCUGUUGUCACGAAAAAUGAUGCUGAUGCAACAAAUGAGCCACAAGAGUCCAUAGAUAAUGACGCCGUCGAUUCGCUUAGGCCUCUCUAAUUCGUCGACCAUAACGCUUGAAGAAACAAAUGAAGUUUUGGAUGCUAAUACAGUAGCUAAGGAUGCCAAUGAAAGUAAGAGCGAAAGCGAUACGAAAGACACACGUAUCGGAAGAGAUGAUCCCUUCCAGUUUGGACAGAGGCAACUAAGAGAUGAAACAGACGUAUGGAAUCAUAAUGCUUGGGACAAUGUAGAAUGGGGCGAAGAGCAGGUUCGUGCUGCCGAAGAAAAGAUCAGUGAACAGCAUAAAAACCCUGUAUCCGAAUUUGAUAAAAAGCUGUAUAAUGGAAACCCAGCUCGCUAUUGGGAUAUUUUCUACAAGAAUAAUAGAGAGAACUUUUUCAAAGACCGCAAAUGGCUACAGAUUGAAUUUCCUUCUUUAUAUGAUGCCACCAAAGAGGACGCGGGUCCAGUUACUAUCCUAGAAAUAGGAUGUGGCGCUGGUAAUACCAUGUUUCCCAUUCUUAGUGAGAACGAAAAUCCACAUUUAAGAGUUAUAGGUGCAGAUUUUGCCCCAAAAGCUGUCGAUCUAGUCAAGAAUAGCGAGCAUUUUGAUAAAAGGUUUGCACACGCAGCAGUGUGGGAUUUGGCUAAUACUGAUGGUUCUUUACCGGAAGGAGUAGAUCCCCAUUCGGUUGAUAUUGCUGUAAUGAUUUUCGUCUUCAGUGCAUUAUCACCCACUCAAUGGGAACAAGCGAUGGAAAAUUUGCAUAAGUUAUUGAAGCCAGGCGGGCGUAUUCUAUUCAGAGAUUAUGGUCGAUAUGAUUUGGCUCAAGUUAGAUUCAAAAAGAACAGGCUGCUUGACGAAAACUUCUACAUCAGAGGAGACGGUACUAGAGUAUACUUCUUCACAGAGGAGGAACUCCGGCAGACAUUCACUGAAAAGUACUUCAAGGAGAUUAAAAUUGGUACAGAUAGAAGACUUCUUGUUAAUAGAAAGAGGCAAUUGAAAAUGUACCGAGUGUGGUUGCAGGCAAUUUUUGAAGUCCCAUUAGCUUAG